AUGUAUGGGGAUCCUUCGGUUUCCUCUUUGAGUGUUGGACAGCUCAUCGAUGUUGUUGCGACAGCGCAAGGGCGUGACCAGCAGGCUGCUACUUUGCAUCUUUGCUGGCAAGGCGAGACGGUUCGCUGUGCGGGAGCUUUCCAGGUCGGUGCAACCUACACGCUGUAUGGUGUGCAGUAUAAGGGCAUUCAGGGCAGUUCUCAUUUCCUUCAAUUGCUUUCUGGAACAGUGGUGGUGGAGCAUCCAGCCCUCACUGUAGACUCUUUUCGUGAUGUCAAGGAAGUGUGUGCUGGCAUUGGUGGCAUCACAGUAGGCUGUGAAAGCCUUGGUGGCACUUGUUGGGCUGUUGCAGACAAUUGUCCUUUGGCAUGCGAUGCUCUGCGCAUGCAAGCGGCACCCGUUGUACAAGGUGAUCUUGCCGAGCCGCAGGUCAGGCAGCAGGUGCAUUUGGCGCAGACUUCUCGGAGGUGCUUGCUGGCUGCAGGUAUCCCAUGUCAAGGAUACUCGAGGCAGGGCCUGAUGCUUGGCUUCUGCGAUUCUCGCAGUCAUGUUCUUUGCCACGUGUUGCAGCUUGCUUGGCAUUCACAGUCAAGUGGAAUUGUCCUGGAGUGCGUCACUGAGAUCCAACAGCACCCAGAUGCAAGGGCCUGUAUUUACGACUUUGCCAAGCACGCCGGUUUUCAGGUUUCGGAGGUUGUCCUGGAGCUGUCGCACCAGUGGGCAUCGAAAAGACUUCGAUGGUGGGCCACGCUCCUGCCGGCCAGCAUGCCCAAGUUCGACUUGCCUAACUGGCCUCGCUGUGAGCAGGUCUGGACUGUAGGUCAUGUCAUCCCGGAAUGGCCUAUCUGGCCCCAUGCCGUUGAGUCUGAGUUGCUCUGGGAUCCCAUUGAGCUUGCAGCAUAUAACAACAGUGCUUUUGGCGCAGACACUAGGACACUGGCUGCCAACAUGCAAGCCCCGACCGCCUUACAUAGCUGGGGCAAUGCCCUCCGUGCGUGCCCUUGCGGCUGCCGCGCUGCUGCCUUCAGUGAACAAAGCCUGCGCAGCCGGGGACUUCGGGGAAUCGGUGUGCCGUCGGUUCCUUUGACUGAGCAGCGCUUUCUCCAUCCUCGCGAGGUUGGCCUGCUCAACGCCCUGCCCCCUUCGCACCCUUUGCCUGCCGGUGCAAGGGCAGCUUUGUGUCUUGUGGGUCAGCUGAGUUCACCGCUUCAGGCCAUUUGGGUUCUUGUACACAUCCGUGUCUGGGCGGCAGAACACCUAGGUGGUCAACCUGAGUGUCCGGCGGACGCAUUACAGCGUUUCCAACAGCGGCUUUUGCACCAGCGUCAGGACAGCUGGCUCACGCCAUCGUUGUUGGCAGGCGGGACCAUCUUGCUUUCUGGCGAGCACUUCUCGCGCCGGCUCACUGUCGCGGAGCCCGUUACCGUCGGUCGCCUUAUGCAAGCUGCUAAGGCUGUACUUGCAGCAGGCUCCUUUGUCCGGGUUUGUGUUGGCGAACGGCCCUUGCUUGCCUUUGCAUACCUGCACCCGCAACCCACGGGCCCCACAUAUGUUGUGCAAAUCGUGGCAAAACGUGCCCGUCUUGGUGAGGACUCCGCGCCAGACACGCUGUCUGAGGUGAUGGCGCAGCUUUCUGAUCACGCCUUGGUCGCCGCUGAUGCUGAUUGCCCUGCUUCAGAGGGCCUCCCGCUUCCGCUUGCCAAUGCUCAGCUUGGGCCCCGUGAGUACAAUGCCCCCACCCUUCCUGACUCGCCGGCCUCCCUAGCUUCUUCUUGUGUUUGGCCAACAGCGUGUGUGCCGGCUUCAGCUGCGCUCCUUGAGCAUGCGUCCCCGCCUGCCGCGGAGGGCUGCAGUGAUCUUGCCAUCUGGUGUGGCCUUUCGGCUGUGUUAAAGCUCCACCCUGCACUUCCAGCUCUGUUGCUGCCACCUCGUGUCGCUGAUGUGCUGCUGGGUAUUGCCAGGUCAGGCCAACCCCUACCACCCUGUUUGGCCGCUGCAGGCCCUCUGUGCAGUGGUCAGGCCCUUCUUGCGCCCUUUGUGGACAACGGGCACUGGACCCUCUUGGUGCUGCGUACCUCCGGCCGCAUCGUGCAAGCCCAGGCUUUUGACGGGAUACCGGGUCGUAAUACCGAUGGCGCCUAUACUCUGGCCAAGUCGCUCUGCUUCUUGGGCGGGUGCGACCUAGACUCCUUCAGUGAAAAGACCAUCUGGAACCAAGUCCGGCCCAGCGACUGUGGUGCCAUUGUGUUGGCGCAUGCCCUUAGCCUUUCGCCCGACUGUGAUUGUGACAAUCUCCUCCAGACUGCAGCGGCUUUCCUUUCUGCCUUGCCGCCCCUUCCAUCGGACCUUUGGGGAUGCGGGGGACUUGCGCCCGAGCAGGAACAGGAGCUGCAAAACCUUCUUGUUCAAAAGGGAGUACCGCACGAGCUUGUUGCAUCAAGGGUGCAGUCUGCUGUUGCUAAAGUCGGUGCUGGUGCCCUUGCAGGGGCCCUUCAGCAGAAGAACGCUUGGCAAGCCUUGAAGGCGGUCGCCAGUCGACCUGGCUCCUUGUUUAAGUGGGUUCAAGCAGACGAGCUCCAGGCACACAUCGAGCGCAAAGCUCAGGAUCGCUUCGGCACUGAAGUCAGCAAACCACGGCAAAAGAAGCAGAAGGCGGCCAAGCGUCCGAUUGCAGCACCCCUCCAUGUUGACCCAAAUCAGCUCCAACUCGCUGAAGGCAGCUUCGUUGCUACAUCUGGGGCACCGCUUAAGCAGCUUGCUUUCAAUGAGGUGCAGGCACAGGCCUCCGGCAUCUGCUUCUGUACCACGGCUCAGGCAGGACCCUUCUUGAGUAUGGGUCGCAACUUAAGUGUUGAUGCGCUGGCACUGGCUCCCCUUCGCGUCCUUUUGCAACAGGUUCCUGAGUUUAAGGUCUGCAAGGACACAGCGUGUGGUGGCAAAUGCAGCGGCUUCCACGCUGCGGUGGACGAGAUUGUUGAGCAUCUCUUUCUUGAUGCUUGGGCGCGCCAGUGGGUCAAGCUUGCCGGCGGCAAAACCAAGCCUGCUGAUGCGGAACUGUUUCAGGUCUUUGUGCGGCUCCCGGCCUCAGCCUUGCCACACGUGUUCUGUGCCAGCCUGGAUGGGCUCUACAUUGAACCGCGUGCCGCGGACGGCACAGGUCCCCAUGCUGCAUGGGCUGUUGUAUGGUUGCCAGGCUACUCCGCUGCCCAGGCAAAGCAUGCCCUUCGCACCUCGGAAAGGGCCAUCACAGUCACCAGGCUUGGCCACAAGUAUGGGCUCCGCACCAAGGAGGCCGAUGAACAAGCGGUGUUCGAGCUGCUGCGUCCACAGCACCAAUUUCUGAAGGUACGAGUCACGGCUCGUUUCAGGUUGCAUCCACUGCCGCAUGGCUUCCAGCGACACAACCUGGUGCAGCUUCUGCAGCAAUGGCAAUGGGUUAGCAAGCCGCUUCAGCCGGACCGUGGUGAUUCUGUUGGCUGCGCAUGGAUUGUUGGGGCCUCCUCUGACCCGCCGGCUCCCGCACUUGCUCUCGGCACUGGCUUUGUGCUAGUUAGCAAGAUCAAGGAUGUUGGUCAGCCCCGUGGGCCAUCCAAGGAUGUCUGUGCCUCCACGCGCACUCGCAAGGCCCUGUUGCUUGAUGAUGAUGGGGACGCUUUCCCCCCUGAUCCCUGGGCGGAUGGCUCCGAUCCGUGGUCCAGCGCACGCCAAGCCGCCGUACCGGCCAGCUCCUCCACUGAGGCUGUUACAAAGAUUGCCCAGGUAGAGGCAGGUCUCAAGCAGGAUUUGGAAGAUCUUGUGCAGCGCAAACUGGAUGCACGCGAGGCUGCCGGGCCUCCCCCUGGCUUCUCCGAUCAGGAUAAACGCCUCCAUGUCUUGGAGACAGCCGUCAAUGAGAUGCGCCACCAGAGCACAAAGUUUGAAAGCUGGUUCCAGGGCUUUGGCACCAAGGUAGCCGAUCAGGCUACACAGCUGGAAACUCUGCAAAGCACCGUGCAGGAACAACAAGUUGAGCUUGGCCGCGUUCGCACCGACUUGCAAUCCACUGUCCAGGCCGCCGUGACCUCUCUGCAGGGCAACCUGACCAAUCAGAUGGCCUCCCAGCUUGCAGGACAGAUGGAACAGAUUCAGCGGGCACUUCGCCCCUUUGCGCCCCUCUCGUGGGUUCUACGGUGUCUGUGCUGUCUUUCCUUCUUCGUGCUGCAAUGUCUUUCAGGCUUUCUGGGCAUUGCCAGUUGUGUAGCCGGGCUGCCUCUUUGGGUUCUGAGUUGCCCAGCCGCUGAUGCCUUUCGCUUGGUCCCUUCUACUGCCACCCGUUAUGGUGAGGCGGAUCACCCAGGGCCUGAUGUAAACUUUUUCAUUAGUACCAGCAACCCGUCUGGUCUUCGUUCCAAGGAGCCACUUUACUCCGAUUGGGGUUUCGGAGUACACUGUUUUGCCGAGACACAGCUCUCGGCUGUCACAUUGCCUGGCAGCCGUCGCCAAUUCCAGCUCUGUGCCAAGGCGGCUGGGAGACAGGCUCGCGUCACUGCUGGUGCGCCUGCUGCCCUGCGAGUUAACAGCCAAUGGGCGGGCACCUGGACUGGGGUUCUUCAGGUCAGCGACCUCCCUAGCUGCCCUUACAAUGUGGAUUGGCCCCCUGGCCUCUUCGAGUCCGGCAGGGUCAUGAUCAGUCAGCAUUUUCAUGAAUUGCUGCCCGUCACAGUGGCUACUGUGUAUGGGUAUCCCCAGGGGCCCACGUGGCCUGAUGCCUUGCAACGCACCGAACAGCUACUGUGCUCUAUCACCCGGGAAGUCGUCUUGGGCUCUCGUGGUUUCCGGGUGAUAUGCGGUGAUUUCAACCACGAUCACACUCGGUUGCAUCAGUGUGAAUUAUGGAGGUCCCAGGGUUGGGUGGAGGCGCAAGACCUCGCCCAUAUGAUCUGGGGCACGGCCCCGCAACCUACGUGCAAACAUGCCACACGGCGUGACUUUGUGUGGCUGUCGCCCGAAGCGGCUGCCUACUGCGUUCAGGUCCAGCUCAUCGAGGUUUUCCAGGAGCAUUCUACUUUAAUCGCCGGGUUUUCUCUUCCGUGCCAUGCCGUUGUCGAGACCUCCUGGCCUCUCCCCGCCGAGUUACCCUGGGCUGAUGUAGAUGUAGAUGCUUGGCAUCUGCUUGCGGGACAUCAGCCCGUUGCUCCUGUCCCCGAUUCCACUCGAUGGUUUUCGGCCUUCUCUCAUGCCUUUGAACACAGCCUCGAUGGGCACGUCUCCUCUUUCCCAGGUGGCCACCUUCCCGCCAACUGUUUCGGGCGCGGCGCCCGUGUGGCGCCUCAACUUGCUACUCCGUCUGUGCGGCCCCUACGGGCCAGUAGACCCGGUGAAGACGCCCUGCGCCAUGAUGGGCUUGGUGCAGAAGUGCGCCGAUGGUUUCAACAGUUGCGCCGACUCCAGUCUUUAGCACAUGCCGCCCGUGCUGAUAACCAGGCCCCAUCUGCUGUUGACUACCGCUUGGGUCUUUGGCGCUCUAUCCUCCGGGCUCGGGGCUUUCGUUAUGGAUUUGCAACAUGGUGGACUUCCCGCCCCGUCCGCUUGGUUGGCAGCCCUACUACCGUGCCUUCAUUUGUGCCCGCAGCUGCCACUGCUCGUCUGCUAUAUGAAGAUUUCCGUUGCAAUUUUCGCAAACUUGAGUCCUGGCAUCUGCGACGCCGUGCGCAGGUCCUGGAUGCCAAAUAUGAUAAGUCCCUUGCACAGCUCUAUCAGGAGCUUCGUGACCCGACCCCAGAGCAGGUGGACACGCUUCAAGUCCGCCGGGAGUAUGCCAUUUUGGCAACCGAUCCUGAGAGUGCACAGCUCCAUGUUGAGCGACCCCUUGACCAACGGGGCAACUCCACCUGGGCCAUUGACGGGGUUCCCGUUCAAGUCCAAUCUGUUGAAGAUGACAUGUGCACCCUCUCUUCUCCAGUUUCUACGUCAAGCCUUGAACUUGAGCAGGUACAGACACUCUCUUCAGUGGCUGACAUACAUGUUGAAUUCACUUCUUUAUGGGCGCCUCGAUGGCAGCAACAUGCUGCCGCUUCGGCCUCAGACUGGCAGCGCUUCUUGGAUUUCGCAUCCGCGUACCUUCCUCGCCAUAGCUUUGAUUUGCCCGACAUUGACCCACAAACUUGGAAAAUGGCGCUACGGCGCUUUAAGCCUCGGGCUGCGCGAGGCCCAGACGGCUGGGCAAGGGCUGACUUACUGGCGAUGCCCGCUGCGCGCACAGCUGAGCUCCUCCUUUUUCUUCGGUCUUUGGAGUUGGACGGUCGGCCAUGGCCUAAGCAGUUGGUGGUGGGCUUUGUUUGCCUCCUCUGCAAGGGCAACGGUCGUCUUGAUGCUGAGGGCUUCAGGCCGAUCUGCCUCUUCUCUAUCAUCUAUAGAACUUGGGCCGGCAUCCGAGCACGCCAAGUCCUUGCUGCGGUGAAACAUUUGGUUCCGGAGGGCCUUUUUGGCUUUGUUCCUGGUCACGAACCUGCCGAGCUUUGGUACUCGGUCCAGCUUGAAGUUGAGUUGAGCGUUUUGGCCGACACACGCCUCCUCGGGCUUUCCACGGAUGCCAUCAAAUGCUUUAACAACCUUCCUCGGCUGCCACUGCUGGCACUCGCAGCUCAACUUGGCUGCCCUCAGCGCCUUCUGAGCCCCUGGAGCUCUUUCCUCCAAGUUUGCCAGCGCCGGUUUCUCGUGCGUGGUCAGGUGAGUCCUGCUACAGCUUCCACCUCAGGGUUCCCGGAAGGAUGCCCACUGAGUCCGGUUGCGAUGGUUUUCGCCGACUGGGCUUUUCACGCAUAUCUGCAAGCUUUUGCUCCCUCGGCCCGGGCCCUUAGCUUCGUGGACAACUUUGCUUGUACGGCCUUCUCCGCGGCCGCUCUCGUUCAGGCUUACAAUCUUGUCCGUUGCUUCAUGGACUUGCUGCAGUUGCAGCUUGAUGUGGCAAAGACCUUUGUUUGGGCUACACAAGCCAAGGAUCGGAAAGCCUUGUCCUGUUUGGGCUUCUCUGUUUUGCCCGCCUCGCGUGAGAUUGGGGGCAUCAUGUCUUAUGGGGCAACUGUGCGCAACGCCGCUCUCAAACGCCGGUGCCAAUCUCUGACACCGAUCUGGAAAAGACUGCAACGCUCUCGGGCGCCUUGCUCCCUUAAGCUGCAGGUACUGCCUGGCAAAUGUUGGGCUAAGGCCCUGCAUGGCAUCUCAGGUGUUCCGCUGUCAACGGCCGCCGUGCACUCCUUGCGCACAGCAGCCACCGCAGCACUGCAAAUCCGCCCUGGAGGCAGCAGCUCCCUCCUGCGUCUCAGUUUAUCUGAUCCGAUGAUAGCCGACCCCGGCUUUUAUCAGUUGUGGAGCUGCGUGCGUGACGUUCGCAGGAUGGCAGCCAAGGUGCCAAACUUUCUUUCGUUGUGGAGGAGUUUCCAUAGCCUGUAUGAUGGCCGCACUCUACAUGGGCCCUUCUCGAAACUGGUACAGGUCCUUGCACAGGUGGGUUGGUCGGUUCUUGAGCCCCCGGUUCUUCUCGACCACGACGGUCUGGCGCACCACGUUCUUCGGGCUCCCCAGGCUUUGUUGCGCAGGCUGUUGGAGCAAGCCUGGCUCCGGCAUGUUGCUUUUCAGCACCGGCAUCGGAAAGCCAUGAUAGACCUUGGGGGCAUCGACUUGGCCCUGCUCCGAGCUGUGCAGUCGAAGUUGACUGCUCUCGACACUGCGCGGCUAGCAGCUAUCCAUUCCGGUGCCUUUCUGUGCAGCCACCAACAUUCUUACUAUGACCUCAGUCAAACUGGCCUCUGCUCUUGCUGCCAGGUACCAGAUACGGUUGAGCACAAAGUAAGAUACUGCCCUGCCAAUGAAGGCGCGCGCGGUGAGCACGCCUGGGUCUUGGAUCUCUGGGACGAGCUUCCCGUGUCCUUGACACACCACUUGCUGCCUUCCGAAAACCCACAGCUCCCGACCCUGCGCAGGCUUUUGCAGGCUGUGGUGGAUACAACUGGGUGCUUCUAUGCCAACGGUUGUGGUGAUGGUUGGCAGUUCUUGUUUACUGACGGCUCCUGUCAUGAGUUCGGUCAUGCCGACUUUGCUCUGGCGGGCUGGGGCGUCAUUCUUGCCAAUAAUGGGGCUGCCCUGGCUUCCGGAGCCGUCCCAGGCUUACAGCAAACAGCUCCUCGAGCAGAGAUCUUGGCUAUGACUGCCGCUGUAAGGUGGGCAUUGCACACGGGAUUGCCAUGCAUUGCUUGGACUGAUGCGGCAAAUGUGGCCGACGGCGUGCACUUGAUACAGGACACAGGAUGCUUGCCCGGCACAGCAGAUCUGGAUCUCUGGGAGCGCCUUGCCGGCUUUUUGGGUCAGCUGGAUGCUCGGCGCUUUUUGGUCAGGCAUACACCUUCGCAUUUGGACACAAGUUUGACUGAGAGCCCUCUGGAGGAUUGGUUGGCUGUGCACAACAACCAUGCUGAUGUGCUUGCAGGCUUUGCCAAUGUCAACCGGCCGCAGGUCUUUUUGGAUGUCCAUCAGAAGGCUGUGCAGUAUUACGAGGAUACAUCCUGCAUAUUGCGGGCUCUUCGAGCUAUCUUCUUUGGGAUUGCUGCAUUAACACCGGCUGGUACAGUUGGCCAGGCUGAUGGCGAGGGCGACGACGCCGAGCCUCUGAUCCCUGCAGGCCACGCUACCGAGCGCAGACUGGACCUUGAGGAUGCAAUUCCGUUGAAUUGGGUCGAGGUUAUCCGUACCUCCAAGCAGGAUCUGCCGCCCUACUUUGUGCGCAGCUUGUGCGAGUUGGUCUUUCGGCUUGAUGCGGAGGCAGAACAUGCCUAUGAGUUGUCUUGGCUGGAGCUUGUCUUCAUCCUCCACGUCUUGGACAUCCAAGUUUUUCCUGUCUGCGAUGGUCUUGGGAGAUGGAGUGAUCCUUCGACACUCGCUUUUCCACCAGCGAGUCAGACUGUAGCUGUCCGUCUAGGCCUAGUUAGGAGGGCGCUGCGCCCUGCUCUGCGUUGCUUGGAUCUUGAACGUCUUCUUGUUCAGGGCAUUGAUCGUUUGGAUUUGGGGGUGCGUUUUCCCCUCGAUGGUCUGAUUAUCGGGGUUGAUACUUCUUUGCUUCUUAAAGCACGCACGAGCCUCGGCCGCUUUGUACAGGGGAGAGCUGGAACACGUUCCAUGCUUGCUAGGCCGAUUUAG